AAUUUUUAAAAAGAAAAAGGAAAACGCAGAUGGUUUGCCUCUUCACUCGUCUUCCCACUAAAUAACACAUCUAAUCCAAAACCCUAGAAACCGAAUCGGUUCAAAAUCAGCAGAAUCAAUGGCGUUGUGUUCUGCCUCAGCCCUAACCCUAACCUUAACCCUAACCGUCACCGUCUAUUUGGUUGGUGGGAAUUCAGAAGGAGACACUCUCUACACACUGCGGCGAAGCUUGUCAGAUCCGGAUAACGCCCUUCAGAGCUGGGAUCCAACCCUCGUUAAUCCUUGCACUUGGUUUCAUGUCACCUGUAACCAGGACAAUCGCGUUACUCGAGUGGACUUGGGUAAUUCAAACCUCUCUGGUCAUCUGGUACCUGAACUUGGGAAGCUCAAGUAUCUGCAGUAUCUGGAGCUUUACAAAAACCACAUUCAAGGAACUAUCCCUGUUGAGCUUGGCAAUUUGAGGAGCCUAAUCAGCUUGGACUUAUAUAGCAACAACAUCUCAGGGACUAUUCCAGCUUCUCUGGGGAAAUUAAAGUCUCUAGUAUUCUUACGGCUUAAUGACAAUCAGUUAACUGGUCAAAUCCCAAGGGAACUUGUUGGUAUAUCAAGCCUCAAAAUUGUUGAUGUUUCAAGCAACAACUUAUGUGGAACAAUUCCAACAACCGGACCGUUUGAGCACAUUCCAUUGAACAACUUUGAGAAUAAUCCUAGACUGGAAGGUCCAGAGUUGCAGGGACUUGCGAGUUAUGAUACAAACUGCUAAUGAAAAAGGUGAGGUGAUGCUGAAAAUUCUCAGUUUAAAUGCGUACUCCAGAAACUGGAAUUGUAUUUCCUCACAGGGAGUGACAGGGAUUGGUGGUGGCACCUCCAGUCCCACUUUGUGUUUGUAAAUCCCUAAAGAAAAAAGUGACACGUGCUUUUCGAAAAGUUAAGGGUUAUUCGAUUAAAAACUUAAUUGAAAACCCAAUUUUUUAAA